GUAAAAAUGGUUGGAGUUGUUGAUGCUUUUUCUAAAUUAUAUACUGAUUAUCAAAAAACAACGCCUAAACGCUUAAAAAUAAUUGAUGCCUAUAUGUUUUAUAUUUUAAUUACAGGCGUUUUGCAAUUUGUUUAUUGCUUGUUGGUUGGGACUUUUCCUUUUAAUGCUUUUUUGGCUGGAUUUAUUUCUUGUGUUGCUAGUUUUGUGCUUGCUGCCAAUCUUCGCAUACAAGUUAACCCAGAAAAUAAACACGAGUUUCAACAUAUUAGCCCUGAACGUGCAUUCGCUGACUUUAUAUUUGCCCACGUUGUUCUUCAUCUUGUCGUAUUUAACUUUAUGGGAUAAAGAAAAAAAAAGAAUUUUGUGAAUUAUAUUUAAAAAUGUUAAUUUUAUGUAAAUUAUAUAAUAAAUUUGUUUAAUAAAAAUAUU